AGCUGAUCAGAGGGAAUCUGAUCCACGAUGGGAGGAGCGGCGGUCCAGGUGCUCCAGCCAACAGUGUGCUCAGACGUUCAUCAAAAGAGGAUCGUGGGCCGGAGGAAAGUCUGCGUGUGGGGUAUCGCGAUCACAGACGGGUUAUUGUUCUGAUUUAACCGCUUGCCUCCUCGCGAUCUCCUCACCCAGAGUCUUCACUCGCAUCCCAUGGGCUUGGAAAAUACCGUGCUUCUGAGAUACAGCUGAACUCCCUGCGCGCAUAAUGUUCAAGAAGAGCAAGAGCAAAGUUCUGGUGGAUGAAGCUUCAGAGGAGGACGACGUGUCGUGGCAUCACGAGCACGCGAGGAAGGAUAAAGACUCUGAGGGAACGGAGGAAGUUCUGAGCCCCUCAACAAAGGAUUCCAAAUUAAAGAAGGUUAAAUCAAAGCGAGAAAAAGGAGACAAGAAGUUGUUUCCAUCUCAGGACGAUGAGCACUUCUUGCUGACAGGAGUCACGGUCUCUCACAGAAGAGGGUCUGCUAAGAAAAACUGGGAGGACGACAAGAGUAAAGCGCACCCAGAAAAAGACAAAGCACACUGUCUGUGGGACAGCAUCACAAUGACGAUGAAGCAAAUCACACCCACAAAGAAGAUCGACAAGAUUGAGGGCUGGGAGCCGCCUCAGCUGAACGACGGAAUGGAGGAGGAAAACAAUGAGCCGGAGAAGAGGAGCGACUCGUCCCCGCUGUCCUCCCCUCUGUCACUGUCUCUGCCGCAUUCUCUGGGUUUGCCAUCCUGGGUUGGCUUGGGUUCGGAGGAGGACUCGUCUCGUUACGCCAGUCUGACUGAAUCACAGACGGGUGGCCCUGCCCAGUGGGCGGCUCGGGCACGAGAUAAAUUAGCCGCCGUUCGUCGCCGAAGUCCAGCCAGCCUAUCAGAAAAUAAUUGGGAGGGGCUAAAAUGAUUUACAUAUUAAUGUCUGUGAGGAUGGCCACACCCCCGUGUAUACCAACUCUAAUUGGACAGUCCACCGAUGCGAAGAUGUGAAGUGUAGGACCCUCAGACCAAGAGUGCCUGCUUCCAACGCCUGUCAAUGAUUUAUUGUCACUUUUCCAUUUGAUAUAAAAUUCGUGUCCAACUUUUGAAUGGAGCUCCUUCGGAGAAAUCACUGGAUGUACUCAUAGUUAAUCACCAUGCUGAUUUGUACAUUACUUUUAAAGGCUAUAAAAGACAUUUAAACACUCAAAGGGAGAGUUCAACCAAAAAUUUAAAUCAUUUAUUCAACCUCAUGUCAUUCCAAACAUGAUUUUUAAAAUGUUCUUCAGACCUGUUAUGUUGAACACAAAAGAUGAAGAAUAGCAGAAUUUCCCAAGAACCAUAAACCUCAGUCAGACGCCAUAUUGAAUUUAUCACCGAUGAUAAGGCUUAACAAUCGGCAUGUUUUUAAAUAGCGGUACAAUACAUUGAACGCACAGUGCUACUUCUAUCCCUCACAACCUCGUUUUUAUCCCUGUUAAAAAAUAUGGCACUAUCCUGACCUAUUGUAGUCUAUUGUAGCUGCUAAAAUUACAAUAAAGUAUCAUAAUACAUAUUCCAAAUUACAGUUCAGAUAUUACGUAUGUGAGAAACAGCCUAUGUCAUUGAAUAAAGCAAUAAGUCUCCAUUCAUCCUUCUCCAGUCAUUGUAUGAAAAGUCAGUCAGGACAUUCUGCUAAACUUCUUUUUAACAGAAUAAAAUCAAACUGGUUUUGAGUGACAUAAGGGUGAAUAAACGACGACAGAAUAUUCAUUUUGUAGGGGAACUCUGUCUCUUUAAAUCCACGUUUUAUUAGCGCACACUGCAGUACUGCAUCUCAAUCGCCAUAGUAACUCACCGCUGACAAGAGAUCGAUGCUUUGUAUGAACUGCUUGAAUCUUUGAUUCACUUGUGACUUGUCGUUAAUUUAUUCCGCUGUGUAGUUGAAGAGUGAAUGUGAAAUGAUGUAGAAACGCCUUCCACUGAUCAGUGUAGAUUUACUGCCUGCUGUUUCACAAUCAUAAUGUACUGUAAUUACUCUAUGCAAUGAUUUUCUUGCUAUAAUCCUAAACUACCUGCUAUUUUCAUCACGCUUACAAUUUAUUCAGUGCCACUAUUCAGUCACAAGAAGAACUUACUGUGACUUGAUGAGACAUACAGGGAACAGCCAUAAAUUUACUGUGUAUGUGCUCGGUCCUGUCGCUGGAGAUUUUGAGCUUUAAUCAAACAGCUAAUUAUAGUUAUUGGAUUCAUUUGGAAAAACACAGUCUUGUAGGAUUAAAACUAAGUUCUGAAGCAGGUUGGAUGAGUACUAUCCAGAUUUCUUAUGGUAACAAUUACUGUUACAAACCUUAAUAUUUGAAGCCUUCCAAAGACCUCAAGAGCUGUGCCGUUUUAUCAUGAUGUAGGCUAUUCUUUUUUGCUGUGCCUCGACUUAAAAUUCAUUUUGUAGUGUGAUCGCAACAUGUUAACCAGUUAUUCUCUUCUAACACCCCCAACACGAUAAAAAUGACAAUCCUCAUUUAUAAGUCCAGUAUAAAAUGUAUUUUAUAACCCUUUGGCCGAUGCCAUUGAACUGCCUAAGAUCUUUGGUUUGCUAGAAGAACAUGUCUGAGUGUCUUAUUGCUGAUUUUAGGAGAUUAUUUAUAAUCGGAUUCUGAAAGUAAGUGGGUUUGCUGCUCUUAGUUGUUCAUAGUAGCUUUAUAUAAUUAGUCUACCAAUGUGUUAAGCUUUGAAAGAUUAUUACAAAUUGUUAGUUUCAGAUUUUGCUCUUUAUAUUUUGGGCCUUUGCGAGAAUCUUAUUUUGAUUUCUAUCUUGAUACUACUGAAUGAUUUUUUUCUGUAUUGUGAUUUAAAUGCAAAUAAUAAAAUGUUGUUCCAGGG